AUGAACGGCGAGACUUGCGUGUCUUAUUGUGACAUAGCCAUGGAUUCGUACUAUAACCCGACUCCGCAGGGAAGGGAGCACCAGGACUCUCCCUUCAGAACCUUCCAGCCGAGUGACAAGUUCAGCCCCAGUUUCCUCGCCAGCAAAGGCCAAAGCUAUGGCGACAAAUCGAGGAGCCCUUUCCAGCAGGAAUGUGAGCCAUUGGACACCGGAGCUCCAAACCCCGGCAGCGACAGCCCCUUUAACAAAUACCUGUACAUGCAGAGCUCUGGCAGGUCGGCCAAGUCUCCUGCACAGAGCAGCAAGAUUCAAGAAGUCAGCCACAACGGUGCCUUAAUCCCUUGUUACGGAGUUAUCUUGCCAUCACCAGCUAAAUGGAGGAAAAGAGAGCGCUUUGGGCAAAUGCAACAGGUCAGAAGCCACUUCUCCACUGCCUACGAACUACCGAUUCUAACCAGGGAGAACUAUGCACAGAUACAAAACCCCUCUUGGAUUGGUAACAAUGGCACCUCUUCUCCAGUUCCAGCCUGUGUUGUGCCCUGCGAAACGGUAACAUCCUGCAUGUCUCCACAUGCACACGCACAUGCACCAGGUGGGGUAGCUGACUAUCUGGGUGUUUCUGCCCCUGGCAGCCACGUGGGACAGACACAUAUGGGUGGUCUCUUUGGCACUGCUGGGAUAGGGGCUGCCAUCAACGCAUUUGACAUCAGUAAUGAACCAGACCGAAAAUCAUCCAGCAUUGCAGCCCUAAGAAUGAAAGCCAAAGAGCACAGCGCUGCUAUAUCUUGGGCAACAUGACCGUGAAAUCUUGAGUUAUCCAAACACUGAAAAAAUAAUACAUUACUACAUAAUGCUGG